CCCCCCCCCCCACAGGCACCCUGCAGGAGCUGAUCUCGCACACCAUGGUUCACUGGGCUCAGGAAUCCUUCAUCCAGAGCCCCGAGCUGGUUCGCUCCAUGUUCAGCCUGCUGCACCGGCAGUACGACGGGCUGGGGGAGCUGGUGCGGGCGCUGCCCAAGGCUUACACCAUCAGCGCCCACUCGGUGCCCGACACCACGGCGCUGCUCGAGUGCCUGGGGCAGAUCCGCUCGCUGCUCAUCGUGCAGAUGGGGCCCGAGGAGGAGAACCUCAUGAUACAGAGCAUCGGG